GAAAAACUUCACGAGGCUAAAAUCAGCACUUUGCCUACCGUUUAACUCUACCAGAAGUUAUAUAAGAUACUUUCUUCGAAGCUAUGCAAGCUACCCUGAGCAUAAAAAAAUAAAGAUGCCAGCCUUAACUCCCACGAUGAAGCAAGGAAAUAUUGCAGAGUGGGUUGCUAAAGAAGGAGAUAGGGUAAACGCCGGCGAUGUCUUGGCUGAAAUUGAAACAGAUAAGGCUACAAUGAGUUUUGAGGCUAGCGAGGAUGGCUAUCUUGCUAAGAUUUUGAAACUACAAGGAGAAAAAGAUCUCCCUAUUCAGACUCCCUUAUGCAUUAUGGUAGAAAAGGAAGAUGACGUUGCAGCCUUUUCUCAGUACAAGGAAACCGAGAAAGAGCCUGAAGAUCGGAAAUCUUCAAAAGAUUCGAAAUCUGAAGCAGAAAAGUCGUCUGAAGAUUCUUCUGAGAAGCCCAAAGAAAAGAAAGAAUUUAAAGAGCAGCAAGAAAAAAAAAUUUCUCCCGAAGAUUCUGAGAAGACGAAGGAUGGCCACGUAGGCGCCUCGCCUUUCGCUAAAAAAUUGGCAGAAAACCUUCGGCUUCUACUUUCUUCCAUAUCUGGCAGCGGCCCUAACGGCGCGAUUAUAGCAGACGAUGUUUUGAAAAGUAUAAAUACUUCAAAAACUUCUUCGAAAGUUUCCUCUGCUUCUUUUUAUUCUGAUCUUGAAUUAACGAGCAUGCGCAAAACUAUUUCUGCUCGGCUUGUUGAGUCGAAAACGGCAAUUCCUCAUUAUUAUUUGACGUGCGAAGUCAGUUUAGAUAAACUUUUAAAGCUUCGGAGUUCUUUUAUGGAUGCUUAUGAAACAAAACUUUCUAUUAAUGACUUCAUUGUUAAAGCUUCUGCUCUAGCAUGCAAGGAAGUUCCGGCUUGUAAUUCUUCGUGGAUGGGAGAUUACAUCCGAGAAUAUCAACAUGUGGAUGUUUGCAUUGCAGUCAGCACUGAAAAGGGGCUGAUCACUCCUUUUAUUACUUCAGCUGAUCAAAAAGGCUUACGAGAAAUUUCCUUAGCGAGUAAAGACCUCGCCGCGCGCGCGAGAGCAUGCAAACUUUCUCCUCACGAAUAUCAAGGAGGCACUUUUACCGUUUCCAAUUUGGGAAUGUACGGGACCACGUGUUUUUCCGCCAUUAUUAACCCGCCGCAGUCUGCCAUUUUGGCGGUGGGCGCACGUGAGAAAAAAGUUUUGGCCAAUGAAGACGGAACUUUUUAUGUUGCCGACAUCAUGAAGGUGUCUUUAAGUUGUGACCACCGCGUGGUGGAUGGAGCUGUAGGCGCCACGUGGCUCCAGUCCUUCAAGAAAUAUAUCGAAGAGCCAACAACAAUGCUGCUUUAGCCCAUUUUAAAAAAAACAAUAAGAGCAAAGGCGAUGACGAUUAUGUUACUG